AUGUCCUUGAUCCGAGCCUUUACGGUUCUGCUUUCUAUCGCGGGCAUCGUGGCCGCUGCUCCACCUUUGCCAAACGAGAUCUUUCGUCGAGGCCAAGGAGAAGAAUGCGCUGUUACGCCGCAGUAUCAACCGGAAUGGUAUGAGAGAAACCUGAGAACGGUGCGGAAGAUCUAUGACUUGACAGUCUAUCCGAGUAAGGAACGCACAGGGAAAUGUCUGUGGUCGAGGGAAGCUGACAGGAUGGAUGUGUAGACAAUAUACCCGUUCUUCUGCAAGGCGGAGCAGCCGUUCCGAAAGGUCUCUUCUCGAACGACAGCAAAGGCCGUGUUUCGCCAGUAGGCAACUUUGUUGGAUUUGAGGAUUCGAUUGAGUACGUCUUGACUUUCCAAAGCACGAGAUCAAAAAGAGGCAUACAUUACUGACAGGACGACAGAUACUUCUUCGCUUUGGCACCGACCCCUCAGGGCAAUCCCGCCGGAGCGGCCGUCUACGAUGCUCAAGUCGUCAAUUUCGUCUCCGGAUGUCCAGAUGUCGCUUCUUCGCUCGUGUACCUCCGCACUGGACAGGUCAACCAGCUGGGUCAACUCAACAAGAGCGCACCAACCAGUACUCUUUCCCAGGUAAGCCUCCACACUGUCUUCUGCCUCUCCAAAACUCUAAUGAGCUCCUGCACGACGGGUCGCCUUCUGGAGUUUCAACAUCAUGGGAGAAGUAGAAGACUACCAAGCCUGGAUCCCCAAUCUGCAAGCCUGGACAAAGCUCGCCUCGGGCGUGGACUACAGCAACAUGCAAGUCCAACAAGCCGCAGUCCAAGGUCUCUGCCCCGUUAUUCAGCAACGCUGCACGGGCUCGAACCAGCAGUACACUUCCGUACAAGACUGCGGGCAGCAACUUGGGGCAAAACCAUUCGGCAACUUUGAUGAGGCAUGGGGCGAUAAUAUCGCUUGCCGGACAAUUCAUCUCAUCUUGACCGUAGUGCAUCCGGAGGUCCAUUGUCCGCAUGUGGGUCCGACUGGAGGAGGCAAGUGCAGCGAGAUCGAUUACUCGGUCGAUUACUUCGAUGACGAUAAGUUAUUCCAAGCGCCUGUUGGAAGUGUUUUUACUUGUUCGGGACCUUUACAGCCGGACAAUCAGGUUGGUGCUGGGCCGGGAGCAGGGCAAAUCUUACAGCAAUUGGCGCAGCUUGCAGCGUCCGGGAAGCUUCCUGCUGGGGUGGCACAGAUGAUGGGUGGAGGAGGUGCCGGCGGCGCUCAGGGUGGCGCGGUUGCUGGCGCAUUCAAUCCCCUCGGACAGUCCGGAGGCGGUGCUAUGCCGGGUACGGCUGGUCUGAUGGGAGGUCAGCAAAUGCCCCCUGCGAAUGGCAUGAACAACCUACCCGCUGGCGCUGCUGGCGCUGCCGGCGCUGAGGGAGCUAAGCCCGGAGCUGGAGGCCAGCCUGGACAAACGCCUUCCGCUGCAAUGGCCGGUGCUAUGGGCGGCGUGCCACAGGGCGCUUCAGGCCAGACGCCUCCUUCUUCAAUAGCUGGGGCUACUGGCAAGAUGAGCGGAACAUCACAAGGCCUCGGCUCGACUCCAGGCCAGAUGUCUCCUCCGGCGGGCGGAGCAACAGGCGCAAUGCCGCAACAAGAAGUACCUCCCGGAUAUUGCCCAUGCGCUCCAGGUCAGCAGUCUGGUGGCCACAUGGGUGGUACGAUGCCCGGAAGUAUGUCUGCUGGUAGUAUGGCAAGUGCCAACGCCGGCAGUGGCAGUGGUACUCCUCAGGGCAUUCAACCAGCAGGUAUGCAAUCAGCAGGUAUGCAACCCGCAGGUAUGCAACCAGCAGGUGCGUAAUCAGGCGGCAGCAUGGCCAGUUCCAAUAUGGGCACAGGGGGCAGCACGCCUCAAGGAGUUCGUCCAGCGAGUAUGGGAUGUGGUCCUCCGCAGUACGGCAGCUCUUCUUCCGGCUCAACUCCUGCGUCUCCCGCUCAGCAACAAAGCCCGCCGCACAUGUGCGGAGAUGUCAAUGGCGCCCAAGCCCCUCCUGAUAUGGGCUACAGCAAGGGGAAGAAUGGGGAUUCAGGCUCGCAGCAUCAGAAGAAGUGGUCGGCGUAG